CGUUUGCUUGCAAGUAGUUCUCUUCUUUAUUUAUAAAUACGUGUAUCUGACACAUGACUCGGUGAUCCAACACAAGCAUGUACCCAGUCAUUCAACGUCAUCAUGAAAACAUAUGAAAUCAUACUUGCUAUUAUUUCAAUAAGUUUGGCGAUUCAGGUUCAUUUUUGUGCAGCUGAUGUGGGCACAGCAACCUUCUACGGUCCUCCAUAUGUCCCAACUUCGUGCUAUGGAUACAAUCAGAGGCAAUUUCCAGCCGGCAAUCUUUUUGGAGCGGCUAAUGACGCGAUUUGGGACAACCAGGCUGCCUGCGGAAGAAAAUACAGAAUUCGAUGUUUGAGCGGAACAAGUAACGACAGAGUUAAUCCAUGCAGACAAAGAUCCCUUGUCGUAAAGAUUCUGGAUUACUGUUCUUCUGCUGGAUGUGAUAAUGGCGAUGCAACUUUUCAUUUAUCUGCGGAUGCGUUUUCUCACAUUGCUCAUUCCUCUGCUAAAAAGAUUAACGUCGAAUACGAACAAGUCUGAUGCAGCAGAAUUCCUCACCAAGUUAAAGUUAUGCGCGGCAAAAGCAAAGAUCGAUGUAGAUCUACAUUA